GCGAGAAAAUGCAGCGGGACCCCGCCAAUUGGUUGACUCAAAACGGGGUUCUGAGUUGCAGCUCCAAGCUCCAGCUUUAAACGGGGUCCAGUCCAGAGGGUGAGAGGGUCGCAGAGGGUCUGGGUCUAUCAACAACACCAAAGACAUCAAUUCCUCUCACCGAUACUUUUCCUCUCCACCCCCGAGAAGAAGGGCAUCACUUGAUCUUUUGCUUCCUUCUUCAUACUUUGCCUGAACAUACCUCAAUACCCCUCCGAGCAGUCGACAACAUGGAUGAGAUUGCCCCCGAAUACGAUGUCAUUGUGCUGGGCACUGGCCUGACCGAAUGUGUUCUCUCUGGUGUUCUCAGUGUCAAGGGCAAGAAGGUCCUGCACGUUGAUCGCAACGACCACUAUGGCGGAGAGUCGGCUUCAGUCAACAUCGAAACGCUUUUCAAGAAGUAUGGCAACUACCAAGAAGGCACCGAGCCCUGGAAGGCAUACGGCCGUCCCGCAGACUGGAAUAUUGACUUGGUGCCCAAGCUGCUGAUGUCAUCUGGAGAGCUGACCAACAUUCUGGUCUCUACCGACGUCACGCGUUAUCUUGAGUUCAAGCAGGUUGCUGGCAGCUAUGUCCAGCAGGGCCAGGGUUCCAAGGCUACCAUUGCCAAGGUCCCCUCAGACGCUGGCGAGGCUCUGCGGUCACCACUGAUGGGUAUCUUCGAGAAGCGCCGCAUGAAGAGCUUCAUCGAAUGGGUGGGCACAUACGACGCUCAGGAUGCUGGCACACACAAGGGUCUCAACCUCUCCAGCUGCACAAUGAAGGAGGUUUAUGACAAGUUUGGCCUCGAGACUGGCACCCGUGACUUUAUCGGACAUGCCAUGGCUCUAUACCUCGACGACGACUACCUUACCACCCCCGGCAAGGCCCCCGAGGCCAUCGAGCGCAUCCGCCUCUAUGGCAACUCCGUUGCUCGUUACGGAAAGUCCCCCUACAUCUACCCUCUCUACGGCCUCGGCGAGCUGCCCCAAGGUUUUGCCCGUCUGUCAGCUAUCUACGGAGGUACAUACAUGCUGAACACCGCCGUUGAUGAGGUCCUCUACGAGGGUGGCAAGGCCAUCGGUAUCAAGGCUACAAUGGGUGGCGUUGAGCCUGAAAUGAAGUUCGAGACCAAGGCCAAGUUCAUUCUUGGUGACCCCAGUUACUUCCCCGACAAGGUCAAGGUUGUCGGCCAUGUCCUGAAGGCUAUCUGCAUCUUGAAGCAUCCCUUGGCCGGUACUGGUGACGCCGACUCCGCUCAGCUUAUUAUUCCCCAGUCCCAGGUUGGCCGCAAGAACGACAUCUACGUUGCUUGUAUUUCUUCGGCACACAAUGUCUGCCCCAAGGGCUACUACAUCGCAAUUGUCUCGACCAUUGCCGAGACCUCAGCCAACCACCACCUCGAACUUCAGCCUGGGUUGGAUCGCCUCGGCAAGAUUGAGGAGCAAUUCUUGGGCCCCCCCAUUCCGUUGUACGAACCUCUCGAGGACGGAUCCAAGGACAACGUCUUCAUUUCCAAAAGCUACGAUGCCACCUCCCAUUUCGAGACCACCACAGAUGAUGUGCAGCACAUCUACAAGCGUGCCACUGGUGAGGAGCUCAAGGUUGAGGGCUUGCGAGACCUCCAAGUCGCUGAGGAAUAGAAGUUCUUUCAACGAGUCUACCCAUGAGACAUGCAAUCGUGUCAUUGCCGGCCACGGAUGGUCCAGCUAGCUGGCGUGGCUCAGGAGAGCAAAUCUUCCGGGCCAUUUCUUUCUAGGGAACACAGAUUACCAUAACAACUUGGUCUUGAGGCCUAUCGAACAUCGUGGACGUGCAAAACCAGUAGUCAUAGCAGGGUUAAAUAUUGACAAAGCGGCUAAUCUUUAUUACCACAUUCUAUAUAAAACGUAUUCGAAGGGACUGUGCUUUGUUAAUAUGUAAUUUGGAGUAACGGGUAGUACUAUGGUACUAACAUCAGAAUGCUGUACUAUUGACAAUACCUUAUGCGGGAUCACACGUUUAUAUUACCUCAUCGUAGUCGAUACUAAGUUAAAAGCAUUAAUUACUCAAUGACCAAGCCAUGAAGAGGGAAGAUGGAGCCUGUUUGUUAUAGCCACGCUAUAGUUUUCCGUUGAUUUCAUACCG